GACGGUGGCGGACGGCGCAGGUUCGGUCGCCGAGUGCUGCCGCUGGAACUGGAACUGGGAGGAGGAGGAGGAGGAGGAGGAGAGCCCGCUGCUGCUGCUGAGAUAUUACGCGUGUCCCUGCGACCUGCUCCGAGGGGGGGAAAAAACCCAGAAGAACAACAGCAAAAAUGAACGAAGCGCGCCGAGGUACGACGGGAGACGCGUGAGCUGUGCGCGAGCGGACGCCGGUUCACAGACGCGUCAAAGAGUUGUUUUGGAGGCCUGUUGCUAACUACGGGGGGGGGGGGGGGGGGGGGGUCCUCGGGGCUAGCCUCCGGUAGUCACCGGGCCGGGAGAGCGCGCACAGGGCCGGGGACCGGGUUUGGUUUAUGGUGACGCCGGCUCCUCCAACUCGCUAUCAGAGGGAGACGCGACCCCGUGUCGGACACAGAUCACCGCCACUCGAUCGCAGUUUGACAGCUAGCUAGCUAGCUAGCGUUAGCUCCCCCGUGUUUACAAGCUAGUCUGGCCCCGAUCCUCCUCCGAGGAAGAAGAAGAAGAAGAAGAAGAAGUUGGAACUUGUGUCGGUUCGCUUCACUCGGCCCCGUUCCCACCUCGUCUGCUCACCGGGGGCGGUCGUGGUCAACUUGCUCAACUCGGACUGAAGGUCGCCAGCUGAACGCUAAGGUGAUCGCAUCCCCUCAGCCGUAUCUGCUGCGCCUCACGGGUAAGGACCGCGCGGAUCGGAUCGGCCCGAGCCGCCUCGCCUCCCCGGACGUCGGGCAGGGGAGAGCGAGAUAAACUGUCCGGGUUUGAAGUCACGUGUUGAUUUUCACCACAAAGGCGAGCGCACGCACCUCCACCCCGCGGUCGAUCGCCCGGUUGCGACACAGCCGUGUCCCGGAUGACGGCUCACAGAGACCCUCGGGGGUUGACGCUGUCGGGAGUCGCGGGUGUCGCCCGCUCCGCGCGGCAUUGUUGAGUCUCGCACCGAUCCGCGGUUUAGUCUGUUCUGUGUUCGCGCUGCUCGUCCCCGCCAACAGUCCGCGAUGAAUCGCUACCUGCCCGUGGCCCGGCAGCACUUCCUGGCCGCCCUCGCCAGCACCAGCGUGGUGGUGAAAGCCAUCAGCGCCGUGGUGGUCCUCCUCUACCUGCUGUCGUGGGCUGUGGACACUCCGUACGCGCUGGGGGUGACCCCGGGGUACCUCUUUCCGCCCAACUUCUGGGUGUGGACGCUGGCGACGCACGGCGUGGUGGAGCGGCACGUCUGGGGCGUGGCGGCCAACGUGGGGACCGUCAUGGCCUGUGGGCGCCUGCUGGAGCCCCUGUGGGGCGCCCUGGAGCUCCUGAUCUUCUUCGCGGUGGUCAACGUGUCUGCAGGCCUCCUGGCGGGCCUCUCCUACCUCCUCACCUACGUGUCCACCUUCGACCUGGACUUCCUGUUCGCUGUCCGGGUCCAUGGAGCGGCCGGGUUCCUCGGAGGUGUCCUGGUGGCGCUGAAGCAGACCAUGGGGGACACUACGGUGCUCAGGGUGCCACAGGUGAGACUCAAGGCUGCACCGGCUUUGGUCCUCCUCUUCCUGGCCCUGCUGCGCCUGUCUGGGCUGCUCGACAACUCUGCCCCGCUGGCUGCGUUCAGUUACGGCGCCCUGUCUGGCUGGGUCUACCUGCGCUUCUACCAGAGGCACAGCCGCGGCCGUGGGGAUAUGUCAGACCACUUUGCCUUCGCGAGCUUCUUCCCUGAGGCGCUGCAGCCGGUCGUGGGGCUACUGGCGGGGCUGGUCCACUCCGCUCUGGUGAAGGUGAAGGUGUGCAGGAAGAUGGUGAAGAGGUACGACGUGGGGGCGCCCUCUUCCAUCACGAUUAGCCUGCCAGGGACGGACCCACAGGAUGCAGAGAGGAGGAGACAACUGGCCCUCAAAGCUCUGAACGAGCGUCUAAAGCGCGUGGAGGACCAGUCGGCCUGGCCCAGCAUGGACGACGAGGAAGACGACGAGGAGGACGAGGUCAGAACUGACACACAGCCACUCCUCCCAGGCGGGCGCGACCCCUCCUCCUCCUCCUCCUCCACACUGAGACCAGCCGGAGGACCUGUCGGCACCUCCACCUCCUCAUCCUCAAUGUUACAGAGCGGCGGAGCGGCAUCAACGGGCGGAGCGCAGCACCCUGAGUCCAGCAUCAUCAGCUUCGAGGAUGCACCUUCUAGAUCGUAACAAACAGAACGCACGUGAUCAGAAGAGACGCCCGCUGUGUUGGGUGUCACUGGCAGGUACUAGCGCUCAUCGUCUCUGGCUAGUAUACUAAUAUGUUCAGUGACAGUGAUUAGGCACGCACUCAGUAUGACAUACACAAACACACAACAUCUUUGACCGGUUCAUACACACUAUAGUGCGCUCUCACACACACACAAACACUGUCAAUGUCAUGGUGAAGCCCAGAGGGCUGGUAACUGUUCAGUGCUUUCAGUUCAGACGUUUUGGUUUUACAUACUCAGUGUAUUUGGGCAAAUUGGACACUUAAUUCUGCUCAUCCUUUCUGCAUUCAAUGAAAGUCAUCCAGAAAUUCAGUCUUGUCUGCACUUGAACCCACCUUGCAGAGCUCUGUCCACUGCUUCUCCUGUCUCCUUGUCUUGGUUUCUAAAUAAAUAACGAGAUGGGCGUGAAAUAUUUUCAGUUUAAAUCAUUUUCAAAGCAGCCAUUGUUCUCUGAUUGCCUGCGACAAGAAAGUCAUCAGUGACAGAGACUCGUGCAGAAUUUUUGAGGCCGACUCUUACUGGUGUGAUGAAGUGCUAAAAGAUAAUGGCUGCGAGUGUCAUUAGCGCUUGUUGCUUUGGUUCCAAAUAUGUAACCAGAUGUGUAACGGAGGAAGUAUGACAAACUGCUGGACCAGAGGAGAAGAGCUGCUGCAGGUCCGACCUGCUGAUGAACUAUGAUACAAAAACUAAAUGAUUUGAUGAAGUGCCAGGUGAAAGAAUUUUUUUCAAACCAGGUUUGUUUGCUGCCUGGUGUCUCUCUGGAACAGCAGGCAGAGAAAUGGACCGUGUACCCAUAUUUUUGGAUUCCCCCGGAUUGUUGCUCAUUUAAAAACAAUUCUGUAUUUUUAUUUUAUUUUUUCUUCCAGGUCAUCAUUUAACAAAAUCAACAACAACAAAAAGCGCAAACUUGUUUCUUCGCAUCCCACGAGACGUGUAUAUUGCAUUUCUCUCACACAGAGAUCUGCGGAGGAUGAUGAGGAUUCUUCUUAUUUUAUGAGUUCACUUUAUUUUUAAGUUUAUUUGAUUUGAUAUUUAGUUUACACCUUCUAGGAUCAGAAAUAAUAUGAGAAUCAGCAACAUCUCUUCAGUUGUCCGAGUGAAUAUGAGACAGUGUCAAGUGUCCGUCAUGGCAGGAUUACAAAUACAAAGGAGUGAUCAAGAAGAUAUAACCUCGCUGGUUAUACACAGACUGUACAUGUAUAUUUAAUCAUACACAUUGCAGUGGUUUGUGAGUUGCAGACUUUCUGGUUUCUGUGUCUGUGAUGUGUCAGACAGUGACUCAUGAGGAUACAUGACGUCAUUGAUGCCUGUGUUGAUCAGCAGUCUGUCUGGUGCAGGUUUCUCAGUCACGUCCUUUGCACGUACUUUCUAAAAUGACGAUGCAAAGCUGAAGGCGGUGGUGAAGCAAAAUAGUUUCCUCUGAAAGGUUUCAUAAAUUCCACGCAAACAAAAGGGUCAGCUAUACAUUUGUUAUCUCAGACCGCAAUCGCCGCACAUGUCGCGUUCCAUUAUGGUAACGAUCAAAUCUGUGGAUUCCAAAUCGCCCACCUGUCCCAAUUGAUAAAAGUCAGCGGCUAAUAAAUUAUUUUAGAGCAGAGCUGCAACCGCAGUGAUGGGAAACUGAGAUGUUAGUUUUAAAGUUGUUAAAAAAUGUCUCUAAUUUAAAUGAGAAUUUCCAAGUGGUUAAUAAACCGUGCGCCUCUUUGAUGGUUCUGAAGGUGACGUUGGCAUCACACUUAAAAAGGCCGAUUCGUGGUCCCAGCUGUUUGGUUUUGAAAUGUUUCUCUUUACCAUUUGAAAGUUAAGAUCUACACAAAGUGAUUGGAUCAAAUCAACAAGUUAUAUGUUUAAGUCAAGUGGCUCUUCAUUUUAUUAUUUAAUAUUUUGAUAUUUGUUUAAUGGAGAAUAAUCUUGGGAGUGGCCUUACUGAGCAUUUUAUUUCCCACCAAUUUUGGGAGCCCAUUGACAACCGAAUGAUCAAACUCAUCAGAUCCAAUGUAACAAAAGACAACGAUCGUUUUAUCCCCCUAGACUCCAACAUUUACAUUUCUACUCUAGGAGCACGAUCAAGAUUAAAACAUUAUCACAUUCUACAAAUUCUGAUUAAGUGUGUGGUAUUUUGAGUUUUACCACUCGAAGAGAAACGGUUGUUGCUUUUCACCGGAUGGAAAUGGGUUAUAUUAGGGAAAUGAUAAGCCAUAUUAGUGUGAUGAAACUCUUGUGUGUUCUGUCCUGUGUUUCCUCCUCGUUCCUUUCUGCUCAUGUCAGUGUGCUCUUUAUUAGCAGAUGUUUACAUUGGAACAGUUGGGGCCAUGCUUUCAGUAAACGUGGAUGAGUGAUGGUAUGGACAUACAACGAGUUGCUCGUGGGGAUGAGGGACAUGUUUUCCAAACCGGAGCUUAUUCAAAUCUUGCUUUAAAGCAGAGGAGGUUGAACUACAGCCAAAUAUCUGAAAUCUCAAACUGCUUUCUACCAUUAAAAGUAUUCAGAUGCAGGAACAGUGUCAAAACAACCCUACACGUGGAAUAAUUACUGAUAGAAAGAGUACAACCACCGUUUUACAUUGUCAUUCUCCUACUGUAUAUUUUACAAGCUGGAAAUACUGUAGCAGGAUGGGUUUUUUUUUUAAUCUUAGCUGCUCUCAGCUCGCGUCACACAAUAAAUAUGAGCAAUCAGGGAAACACAUUCUAACACGGACGCAUGCAGAUACUGGUGAAGUUGUGUGACAUGGUCAAGUUUUGUAAUUUGAUCUGUGAAAAGGUGUAGGAACAUUGUACUUGGCAGUCUGAGGUUUCAGAUCGAGCCUGGCCAAUCUGACUUUCAGCCAAUCUUCCACAAUCAGUUUCUGUUCUUCUGGGGGGAGGUGUUUUUCAGCUUUUUGUUAUUUUUCGUAUUCCCAUUUGUGUUGGAUCCAAACAUCCUCAAAGAAAAGUUAAGAAUGCAAUCGCAAUCUGUAUGAAUAACGCCACUGUAUAUUUGGUGUAGACGAAGUAUGAUGUCGUGAUUAUUACACUGCAGUGGUCCUUGAACAUGCACCAAAAUGCUCUAAUUGCUAUCAGGUUUUUAUGCACCAUUCUCAAGUAUUGUUUUUCCCCCUGCACAUCAGUAUCGUGUCAUCACUGAAGGACAUUUUAACUUUUCUCCAAGUCUAAUUGGUAAAAUACUGGCUGUGGGGGAACACCAGCAUCCAUGAUUUGUAGAUGAAAGCGGUUUCCCUGCCCUAAAAUGAAAGACAGAUUACAGAUGAUACUGCUCUGAUUUAUUAUCCUGUUGGCAAAGAUAUUUGUCCUUUUUUUCUUUUUUAAAUAGGUUUCACAAGUUGUAUUUUCCUUGUGUCCCUACUUUUGCACCAACAGAUCGUGUUCACACUAACGACAGUCUCUUUCUUUCUCUGUGCUGUGGCUGUUCCACGGACUCUUCUGGUUUAGUUUUCAGAUGAAUUUGUUUUAUCUCUGUAUGAAAUUAAAGACGAUUGUAUGAAAUGAAA